UUCCCGCCAGGCCCGACGCCGCUCUGACGCCACUGAGGCGCGCCACGACGUGACGUCAACGUUCGCGCCGGAAGUGGAAGACCAGGCAGCCCAGCCGAAGGCAGUAAGCUCGGCUCACAGUCGCAGGAGAGUUCUGGGGUACACGGGCAAAGGGGCUUGAGAAGGCCCGGAGGCGAAGCCGAAGAGAAGCAACUGUGCCCUGGAGAAGAGAAGCUCGCCCAUUCCAGACUGGGAACCAGCUUUCAGUGAAGAUGGCAGGGCCAGAACUGUUGCUCGACUCCAACAUCCGCCUCUGGGUGGUCCUACCCAUCGUUAUCAUCACUUUCUUCGUAGGCAUGAUCCGCCACUACGUGUCCAUCCUGCUGCAGAGCGACAAGAAGCUCACCCAGGAACAAGUAUCUGACAGUCAAGUCCUAAUUCGAAGCAGAGUCCUCAGGGAAAAUGGAAAAUACAUUCCCAAACAGUCUUUCUUGACACGAAAAUAUUAUUUCAACAACCCAGAGGAUGGAUUUUUCAAAAAAACUAAACGGAAGGUAGUGCCACCUUCUCCUAUGACUGAUCCUACUAUGUUGACAGACAUGAUGAAAGGGAAUGUAACAAAUGUCCUCCCUAUGAUUCUUAUUGGUGGAUGGAUCAACAUGACAUUCUCAGGCUUUGUCACAACCAAGGUCCCAUUUCCACUGACCCUCCGUUUUAAGCCUAUGUUACAGCAAGGAAUCGAGCUACUCACAUUAGAUGCAUCCUGGGUGAGUUCUGCAUCCUGGUACUUCCUCAAUGUAUUUGGGCUUCGGAGCAUUUACUCUCUGAUUCUGGGCCAAGAUAAUGCCGCUGACCAAUCACGAAUGAUGCAGGAGCAGAUGACGGGAGCAGCCAUGGCCAUGCCCGCAGACACAAACAAAGCUUUCAAGACAGAGUGGGAAGCUUUGGAGCUGACGGAUCACCAGUGGGCACUAGAUGAUGUCGAAGAAGAGCUCAUGGCCAAAGACCUCCACUUCGAAGGCAUGUUCAAAAAGGAAUUACAGACCUCUAUUUUUUGAAGACCGAGCAGGGAUUAGCUGUGUCAGGAACUUGGAGUUGCACUUAACCUUGUAACUUUGUUUGGAGCUGGCACCUCUUGGAAUAAAAAGGAGGAUGCACGAGCUGGCA